AUGAGCUCUAUAAAAAAAAUCAGCAACUAUGAUAAACUUGGAGUAUUACCAUCAUCAUUACAAUCAUUAGAGUUUGGUGAUUGGUAUAAUGAACCUCUACCAGUUGGAGUAUUACCAUCAACAUUACAAUCAUUGGUGUUUGGUCAUUUAUUUGAUCAACGUCUAUCAGUUGGAGUAUUACCAUCAUUAUUACAAUCAUUGAAGUUUGGUGACAGAUAUAAUGAACCGCUAUCAAUUGGAGUAUUACCAACAACAUUACUAUCAUUGGUGUUUGGUGAUAGAUAUAAUCAACCUCUAUCAGUUGGAGUAUUACCAACAUCAUUACAAUCAUUGGAGUUUGGUUAUAGAUAUAAUCAACCUCUAUCAAUUGGAGUAUUACCAACAUCAUUACAAUCAUUGGUGUUUGGCGGUGGAUAUAAUCAACCAAUACCAGUUGGAGUAUUACCAAUAACACUAAAAUCAUUGAUGUUUGGUAAUGACUAUAACCAACCAAUACCAGUUGGAGUAUUACCAACAUCAUUACAAUCAUUGGUGUUUGGUAUAGUCUAUAAUCAACCUCUAUCAGAUGGAGUAUUACCAACAUCAUUACAAUCAUUGGUGUUUAGUUAUGAAUAUAAUCAACCUCUAUCAGUUGGAGUAUUACCAACAUCGUUACGAUCAUUGGUGUUUCGUAAUAGGUAUAAUCAACCUCUAUCAGUUGGAGUAUUACCAUCAUCAUUACAAUCAUUGGUGUUUGGUAAUGAAUAUAAUCAACCACUAUCAGUUGGAGUAUUACCAACAUCAUUACAAUCAUUGACAUUUGGUAAUGACUAUAACCAGCCUCUAUUGGUUGGAGUAUUACCACCAACUUUACAAUCAUUGAAGUUUGGUGAUAGAUAUAACCAACCUCCAUCAGUUGGAGUAUUACCAUCAUCAUUACAAUCAUUGGUGUUUGGUCAUUUAUUUGAUCAACCACUAUCAGUUGGAGUAUUACCAACAUCAUUACAAUCAUUGGUGUUUGGUGAUGACUAUAAUCAGCCACUAUCGGUUGGAGUAUUACCAACAACACUACAAUCAUUGGUGUUUGGUGGUGGAUAUAAUCAACCUCUGUCAGUUGGAGUAUUACCAUCAUCAUUACAAUCAUUGGUGUUUGGUGAUGAGGAUUUGGCACCCCCCAUAAGAUUAUUAGUUGAUUUCAAGCAAUCAAUCGGUGCAAGCAGAAAAUUUAUUAAAUUAAGAUCGCAAGGAGUCUUUAAACUUCCAAGUAUCCAAGUUAAAAUAGUUCUUUCGACUCCAUCAGAACAACAUGCUGGUCUCGAUAUCACGUCGAUGUUGAACAACAUUGAACACCAAUCUACUAUUUCCAACUCCAAUCCCAACUCAAUCAAUUACGACCCUAACUAUUUAAUUGCAUAUCCUAUCAAGAAUACAGAGUUCAUUUCUGUCAACAACAACAAAUAUUUCAAAUUGCACAGUUUUCCAUACUCUAAAAACAAAGUAAUUUUAGUAAUAUGUGAAUCCUCUGGUGAGUUGGUAUGUAAACCAAUCACAUUUUGUCAUUCAUCAAUUAUUGCUAAUACAUAUCUUUUAGUUUGUUUACAAAGAAAUAGACUACUCCCACGAUCCAAAGAUCAAGGACAAAGUGCAAUUUGA